AUGAUCAACAUGUAUGUCCAGGUACGAGGCUUCCGGUUGGGGCCGGUGUUUCUUGCGGAGAUGGACGCUUCUGCGUACAACACGGCUCCUGCAGACCCGCACAAGCGCGGGGUGCGGCUGUCUAUCCGCGGUGGCGUUGCCGCCAGCCUUUGCUUCUCGGUGGAGAAGUCCGGAGCUAUCAACCCCUUCACCACGGGCAGGGUCGUCAUUCCGACCACCAGCCUGGUGGUCACCACCGUCCACGGACUGAGGCUAAGGGCCGGGAAGAUCGAGGCCCGCGUGUGCGAUCGGGACGCGGGGAGCCGUGGCAGCCUCCUCCUGAGGCUUCGACGAGUCGCGCUCGCGCAGGGCAGCGGGGACGUCGCGACGAGGACCCCGCCGCCAAGAGCGAGCGGCGGCACCAGAGGGCAGCAGCACGGUUUCCGCUCCCGGUCAACUAACGCUAGAUCGCCUGCGGCGCGGGCGGGGUCUGAAGCCUUCGUCGUUGUCGAUGGGGGUGAAGGUAUGAAAGCGGAUGUGGCUAGGUCGGAAGAGCGACAUACGAAUCUACCGGUGGGUGAGGCCGGUGCUUCCGCUGCUUCGACGACGGCGGAUGGUGCUGGUUUAGAUGGAAACGAAGCUGAUGGGUCGACGACCGCCGGCGUUGGUGCUGCUUCCAACUCUGGCGGAAUGGUGCGUGUCGAGAUCAGCGACGGGUCGAGCAGCGGUAGCGAUAGCGACGUCGAUGUCAGCGACUGCGAGGACGACGAGGAUGACGACGACGACACCGACGUCGGUUUCAUUGACGGCGGCUUCGCCGACAACGGUUCCUACUAUGCAGGAGGCGGCGGACUGCAGUCUUCGUCGCUCCAGGCCCACGCACACGCCGCCGCCGCCGUCGCUGCCGGCGGGUUGUCCUCCUUUGACACCGACGGGAUCGACCUCGCCGUUGGCUACGCCGACACCGCUGCGGCGAUCGACAGUCGCAGCGGCAACCCUGCCGCCGCCGCCGCCGCCGCGGGCUGCGAUGACCACCGGGGGGGUCCCAAGAAGCCGCUCGUCAGGGGGAGGUCGGCGAGGAGGUUCUGGGCGUCUCGCGGCGGCGUCCCACCUCGGCUCGAGCUCUUGCCGAGCCAUAGCCACGGCCACGACGGGGCGCUCGCCGACGUUGAUGAGAGCUCGGCGGACGAGGGGACCGCGGCGGCGGGCCGCCACGAUAGCCCCAGCGUACGAAAAAGAAAAGGUGGUUACGCUAGUUCGCGGGGGAUGGAAGAACCCGCGAGUACGCGGGCGAGCGGCGACGGUACCGCCAGCGAGGCUCCCAAGGCGGGGGCGGCGGUAGCUGCCGCCGAGCCUGGCGUGGCAGCAGAUAUUACUACUGCUGCGGCGACGGCGGGUGUUGACGGGGGAGGAGACGAAGACGGCGACGAAAACGCCUCCGCGGCCGCCCACCGGCAAGUCGGUAGCGGCAGGUGGGACGAGCACUUGCAGGCCGUCACCCGGGCGGCCUGGCUGGGGUCCAAGCAGGCCAGCAGUCGAGGCUUCAACUCGAACGCGUCCUCUGUGUCGGCAGCCUCCGCGUCCAACGCGCCGACUACUCCGAUCGCAGCGACGGCAGCGAUGGCAGCGGCGGCAGCGGCGGCAGGAGCAGCGCAGUCGUCAGCCGGAGGAGCCGGCGGCGCCAGCAAGCGGUUCUUCCCGCCGCACAAGAGCGGCGGCGGCGACUCCUGCUACUCGGCGAGAAGCAGCCGCGACUUGGGUGAUGUUGACGGUAGGGAGGGGGCUCCGGCGGGAGCGCUGCCUAUAUCGUCCCCUCCAUCUCCACUGCCUGCCGCCGCCGCCGCCUUGCCGGACGCUGACGUCGGGGGCGACGGUGUAACGGGGGCAGGGACUCCCGGUGGGUCUUCGCGGCCGGAGGGCGGGAGUGAUGGCCGCAAGACCAGGGCGACGGCGGCGGCCACGGCGGACGAGCGGGUUGCCGGCAGCGGGUUUCUGUACCGAGUGGUGUUCGACGGGCUGAAUCUUCUCAUCACUCUCAAGCUUAGGUGA